GUCGGUCGGUCGGUCGGUCGGUCUGUGAGCAGCGGCGCGGCAAUGAGUUGUCUGACCGUGCCCGGCGUGCAUCCCGGCUCACCCAGCCGCCCGCGUGGGCAGAUCCAGGUGAUCUUCGGCCCCAUGUUCUCUGGGAAGAGCACAGAGCUCAUGCGGCGCGUGCGGCGCUUCCAGCUCGCUCAGUACCGGUGUCUGCUGGUGAAAUACGCCAAGGACACCCGCUACUGCACCACCGGCGUCUCCACACAUGACAGGAACACUAUGGAGGCCCGCCCUGCCUGUGCCCUUAAGGAUGUAUACCAGGAGGCUCUGGGCUCUGCGGUCAUUGGCAUCGAUGAAGGGCAGUUUUUCCCAGACAUUGUGGAGUUCUGUGAAAAGAUGGCCAACGCUGGGAAAACCAUCAUUGUUGCUGCUCUUGAUGGGACUUUCCAGAGAAAGGCUUUUGGGAGCAUCCUGAACCUGGUCCCGCUGGCUGAGAGCGUGGUGAAGCUGAACGCUGUGUGCAUGGAGUGCUACCGAGAGGCCUCCUACACAAAGAGGCUGGGAGCAGAGAGGGAGGUUGAAGUGAUUGGAGGAGCAGACAAAUACCACUCUGUCUGCCGAGCUUGCUACUUCCAGAAGAGGCCUCAACAGCUUGGGUCAGAAAACAAGGAGAACGUGCCCAUGGAGGUGAAGCAGCUGGAUAUGCCAGCCUCACGGAAGAUCUUUGCUUCUUGAUUGCUGCACUCUGGUGUGGGGGGGGGGGAGGGAGAGGAUACAAGGAAAGAAGCUAAAAGUUGCAGCUCCUGGACUUCAGAUCUGGCUUCCCCCCCCUUUAUCAAAACUGUUAAAUGCCAUAGCUCUACCUGCCAAACCAAGCUGCUCUUCCUCUGCUCCAAGUGCCAGGAAAGAGGGCAAUCAGCUGGACCUGAUGCCAGGGAGAGCUGAAAACAGAGUCUGACUAAAAGGGAGUUGCUUUCCCAGAACGUGGAAAAGAGAUUUAAUUACUGAUGCUGCCAUACAAACAUGCUGGAAAGCUGCCACACCAACCCAGGCUGUGGGGCACUGACAACUUGCCUGGUCUGCCCUCCUGCUCCUGGCACACGUUCAGACUCGCCACCGGUAGCCAGGUAACUUGCCUGCAAACAGCCUUUUCCGUGUGCUGCUGCUAAAUUCUGGGUUUCUUACAACAGCAUACAGUAACUUGGCUUCCGAAAGCCACUUCCUUUUUAAUACAGCCUGAGGAGAUGCCCCUUCCCUUUCUAUGCAACAGUGGCACAACUUCAACUGACACAGAGCAGCAUCCUGGCCCUUUGCAGUCUCUUAACAAUUGUGUAUAGCCAAUUAGCUUGCUGUUAAAUUUGCUGUAAAUACAUGUUUUUUUGUUUUGUUCUUAAAUGGAGGAGGGAAGAAGGAAGGCUUGUCAGCCUGACUCCUAGGCUCCUUCUAGCCUUUGAAAUUAAAAAGGAUUUUCUACACAAGUUCAAGCUACAUGCAGCCACUUCAUAGGGCUUAAGUGACCUGAGGAAGUUUGGGGGAAUCAGGAAUUAAACUGUAGAGAGUUGGGCUACUGUUCCUCUGAAGAUCCAGCGACCUGGGAAGGGGUCUCUGCUUUGUAUAAAGUGCUUUUUCUCAUCAGAUUCCUUGAGCUCUGAGCAGUAGCUCUUGGUUCUGUUUGGGCUUUGUCAAUCCUCUCUCAAACACAGUGCUCUCUACAAUACUUGUUUACUACUGUGCUGAGGAGCAGGCAGCUGCCCUCAAGGACUCUGAAACCCCACUUCCUUUGUGUUAACUAAAGCAAUUACAGUCAUGGUGUUCACAAACCCUUGUCAGGCCUGGGCCUUCCUUUUAGGCAUGAGGAACAGGCAGUAGUGCUUGUAUUCUAGAUUAACAAAUAACUUAAUAAAAUUGCCUGUGUCUUUUCA